UGCUCGGUUGCCGUUGUUGAUGCUGUUUCUGUUGCUGUUCUCUGGUGUGCCCAAUUGCCUUUAAAUUGUACCGAGUGUUAAGUGGCGCACGUUAAAAAAACAUUUAACGUUUUUAUUUACGAUACACCGAGUCGCCAACAACAGAAACCCCAGACAUAAAAAAAUGCUGUAGCUCCAAUAGCAGUGGAGGAGGUAGUGAAAGUGUUUUGUUCUGGACCUGGCAUUAGGGACUCGCAAAAAAAGAUAUAUAUAUAUAUAUGUAUAGGCACAACAAAAGUAAAAAAGGAUAUUGGAAUCGCAAACGAACAAGAGGCUCAAACCGGGCAAAAAAAAAUAAAACGGAAAUUAAAGUUAAAAUAUGGCAGGAGCCUGAAAGGCAGAAAGAGCGAUUGAGGGUUAGAAGUGAAAGGGCGAGACAAUGGCAAGUGGAAAUGUGAAAACGGAAAAGUGAGCAAGUGCAAAAAAGUUAUCGCAACUAUGAAUUGAAAAUUGAGUACCUGGCUAUUAAACAUGAUUUCUGAAGUGGAAUAAGUGGAUUUUCAUGCGUUAGUCUAUGAAAUUUUAAUAAUUUUUUGUAGAAUUUUCAAAUUAGUGAAUAUAUUGAGCAGUUUUUUACAUUUCCAACAUAAGUAGGCACCAUCUUGUUUGCUUUGCCUUAUUGCAUUACCAAACAAGUUACAUAAUUUUCAAAAACACAAAAGGAAUCAUGUUCCCUCCUGGAUUUACAUUUUUCCUGCGUUUUCUACGGCGCAGAAGUCACUCUUCAUCGGCGGAACAACCACACCCGCAGCCUCCCAAGGAAAGUAAUGAAAUUCUAGGUAAUAAUACCCCAAACCCAAAAGCCAAAAACGAAAUAUCCGAUGAACACCGACUUAUUCGCCUGCAAAAGGAUUUUAAACUCCAUCAGUUGACAGAAGGCCCCAAAAUUGAGGUGCCCCUUAAUAAAUUCGAGGCCCUGCGGUACUAUCGACAACUGCUGUCCCUGCGCCAUUUGGAAACAGCAGCUUCGAAUCUAUACAGAGAGCGAUUAAUACGCGGAUUCUGUCAUUUAUACACUGGCCAAGAGGCUUGUGCCGUGGGAAUUCGGGCCGCGAUGGGCAAACAGGAAAAACUCAUUUCAGGAUAUCGAAUACACGGUUGGGCAUACCUGAUGGGAGUGUCAGCUCAAGGUGUCCUGGCUGAACUUACAGGGCGUGAAACAGGUUGUUCAGGUGGGAAAGGUGGAUCUAUGCAUAUGUAUGGUAAAAACUUCUAUGGAGGAACUGGAAUAGUUGGAGAUCAGGUUCCCUUGGGUGCCGGACUGGCCUUAGCUGGAAAGUAUUUAAAUGAUGGCUCUGUAGCUUUAACUGUCUACGGCGAUGGUGCUGCUAAUCAGGGACAGAUAUCCGAGACUUUCAAUAUGGCGCUACUUUGGAAGUUACCCCUAGUUUUCAUAUGCGAAAACAACAAUUAUGGCAUGGGCACCAGUUCUGAUAGAUCCUCCAGCAAUAACGAAUAUUACAAAAGGGGUGAUCAAAUGCCAGGUAUUCAAGUUGAUGGUCAGGAUGUAUUGGCUGUUAAAAGUGCCACCACAUUUGCCAUCCAACAUGCCAAGAAGAAGGGUCCUUUAAUACUGGAACUUAAAACCUAUCGCUAUGGCGGUCAUUCCAUGUCAGAUCCCGGGACGAGUUAUAGGAGUAGAGAAGAAAUCCAAAAGGUUCGAAUGGAAAGGGAUCCCAUUAAGAGUUUCCAGCAGGUAUGUGUGAAGGAAUUACGAAUUUCCCAAGAUGAGGUUAAGGAAGUUGAUAAGCUGGUAAGGAUUGAAAUUGAUAAUGCUACAAAGUCGGCAAGAAAUGAUGAGGAACCCGCCUUGCCAUACCUCUGGAGCGAUGUCUAUUCGGGAUAUUAUGAGGGGUAUUUAAGAGAUAUUAAGGAACUAUCUUUGAAACAUAAAAGAUUGCUGAAAAUACAAGACAUAAAAGCUGAGACAGAAUAUUAAAAUUCCCAGUUUUGUAAUAAGUCUCUUGUUUACAAAAUAUUCAUUAUAAUUGUGUUUUUCUUGAAAAAGAAUACUCAGUACGUUCUCUGAUUUUUCCACCUUUGAGAAAUCAGAAAAUGUCUUUAACUUGAUACCCAAGCAAAGCACAUCCUUGUCAUAACUUUCAUUAGCACUUGAGUGCGGGCUCUAUUUAAUUUAUGCUAAAUGAUCAACGGCUGCUGCUUAUGUCUACGUUUUAUUUUUAUUUUCCCAGCAAAACGAAAACAAUAAUUCAGCACAGCGAGCUGCUGCUGAAACUGCAGAAAGCGAAGAAAAAAUGUUACGGCUCAAGGAAAAAAUAAGAAAAAAAAAGGGUAAGCAG